AUGGAUGUCUCUACAAGCGCGGAGUGGAUUACACAUCUUUUCGCCGACCUUGAGCCUUACGUUUGCACCUCCAAUCAAUGCGUACAAGGCCCGAAGACUUAUGCAACGCAGGACGCUUGGAUACAUCAUGAGCUUUAUACACAUUACAUUCAAUAUGUUUGGUCAUGCGAGACGUGUUCAGAGGAAUGGCUGGACGAGGGCGCUUUCUGCGAGCAUCUCGCAUCGACUCACCAUAUGUCAGAGGAACAUAUCCCAACCGUGUCGAAGCUUUGUGUAAAGCCAUCGGACACUGUACCAAGUCAGAUGCAGUGCCCACUCUGCCUGUUUGAUUGUUCUUUUGAAUCAUAUUACAAACAUCUGGGCGACCAUCUGCAACAACUUGCUCUUACCUCGGUUGAGAUCGACAGUGUUGAGACGUCACGCACCGUCUCCGUUUCUACUUAUGAAGGGGACAAAUUCACUCUCCUGCAGGACUUCAUCCAGGAGCAGUCUGGGAAGUCACACUUCCAACAUCAAAGAAUAGAUUCAUUGGCCACUCAAAUUCAAGGCCUUUGGACAGAGAAAUCAAAUCUGGAGCUUGGAGAUGAUCCCCCUUCAAAAGCGCUUGCAAGCCGGCCACGGCUGAGCUCAAGGGGCCUCUCCUAUACCUAUAUGCAGAGGGUUCGAGAACUCAAAGUCGAAGAAGCCACGAAGAGCGCGGCCACCACUCCACUUGCUCAAUGGAAGAGUGUCGAGCCAACCGUUUCAGCUCAUUCGGGUCAUGCAACAAUCUGCACCCUCCAACCACCCUGGAACCCUGACUUCGUUGGGCGAAUUGUUGACCUCGGAACUAUCGACGACAGAAUGAAAGAGGAGGGCCACGUCGCCGUGAUUCGUGGGCCUGGCGGCAUCGGGAAGUCUGCAAUUGCCACAGCUUAUACGUGGAAGUUCAAGAGCUGCUACUCGUACAUCUUUUGGGUCCCUGCGGAGACUGCCAUGGUUUGUGCCGACUCUUUCUGCCAGAUUGCUUUAAAUGUGAUAGCCAAUGCCGAAGAAGUGGCAGAAGAGGAACGACUGGUCAACAUGGGUCGUGAAUUUCUUGAACGAACUAAGGGCCGAUGGCUGCUUGUGUUUGACAAUGUGGAUGAAGGAUUUGACCUUCGCCGAUUCCUCCCAUCAGACAUGUCUAAGACUCACGGGUCAGUUCUCAUCACUACACGAAAUACUGACCUCGACGUAUCGCGGCUGUCCGACAAGACUUCGGCCAUCGACUUGAAUGCCCUCACUCUAGAAGAAAGUCGCGAGCUGCUCCUCAAAUCUGCCAACCGAGGCGAGCCCCUUGAGGAUAUGAAAUCGCAUCCGGAGUACAAGUUAGCAGGAGACAUAGCGAAGAGAGCGGAGAAACUUCCACUUGCGUUGUCGCUCAUCGCUGGCUUCGUCCUGGCUUCAGAAUGUACGCUGGCGUACUUCGUGGAGCUCUGGAACGAGAGGCAGAUGUCGCGAAACGCACGAGAAGCCUCUUCUGAUGCCAAUGCCGCUAUGGAAAUGGUAUGGAACAUCGGCUUAAGAGAGGUCGAGACGGAGGCACGUCAACUUCUUAACAUACUGGCAUUCUUUGACAGCGAUAAUAUCCAAAAGGAUCUGUUGGUGGGACCACACGAAGAUCCACUGCUUGAGAUGUUGCAUUCACAUUCACCAAUGCGAUGGAAUCGGAUGACGACCAAGCUAUCGAAAAGGCGUCUUAUCACAAUACGAAAUCGUGAUGGCGAAGAAUUCUUGACCAUUCACCGGAAGCUGCAGGCCAAGAUUUUAGAGGAGCUCAAUCAACCCGACAAUGCGGCGGAACGAACGAAAGUUUUUGAAAGGGUUUUCUUGCUCAUUCGAGGGCGAUUCCCUCACCCUUCGCCAAUUCAAGUUCCUGAGCCCGAGAAAUGGCCCAUCUGCAGACAGUACUUGCCUCAUGUCCUGAGUAUCAAACGACUGUGGCAGUCUGGCAUUAUCGAGAUCCCACCUUCAGUCAAGCUAGCCCGGCUUAUUUCUGACGCCGGCAUUGACCUGUGGGAAAGAUGCCUGACCGUCGAAGGGCUGGAGCUUCUCAGAUCAGCAGAAGCUAUUCUCGAUCAAGGCGGCUUCCGAGAAGAUCUGCUCCGUGCUAACAUCCAUGUUGUGGUCUCACUCCUACUCCAGGACUCAGGGAUAGCCCAUCUGGCCGAAUGCAGAGACCGCAUCGCUAAGGUGCUCGACAUUCGCGUCAAGCACCAGGAGAAUUGUGACCCAUUUGACUACACUAAAAAUGAUGACAUACUGCUUCACAACGCGUGGUCAGAUUACGCUUGUGUCCUUUUGCAAUACAACCAAUACAGAGAAGCGGCUCGCAUCUUUGACAUGUGCUUCGAGAAAUAUCAACGCUGGGGACCGCCAGAAGAGAUUCCAUAUGAGUACGCAAAGUAUUACCAUCACAAAGCCUACUGCCUCAUGUACGAAGGAAACUUCGAACAAGCUGUUCCUUUGGCCGAGUAUGGAUUGCAUUGGGUGCAAGUUGCCACGGGACAAUCAGCAGCCACUAAUAGAUGGCGCUUCGACCUUGCGUGUCUGGUUCUUCAAAGUGGUGAUAAGCAGCGUGCUCUUAAUCUGCACAAGGAGGUGCUGGAGGCCAGGUUAAAGUUGCAUGGAAAAUUCGGGCUGCUGACUCUCCAAAGCUAUUACGCUGUUGGGGCAGCUCAUCGGUGGUUGAAUGAAUUGGCCGAGGCGGAGCUGUAUAUGCGCAAGAUUCUCGACAUCGACCAAACUCGACCAGGUAUCUGCACGGAAGCCGCUCUGGCACAGGCUCAAUUCAAUCUUUCGCAGAUACUUGCAGGUCGAACAGAAGAUUCUGGUGAGGGACACGAGCGGCCUUCCGGACUAGAAGCCGAGGGUUCUUCAGAACUGCAGGAGUCGGCUACCCUGGCGCAGAUGGCUCGGAAAGUGCUCCUCAAACCACAUCCUCUUGGGCCUUUGGAAACAGAUACAGGCCAGGGUCAGGAAGGAGUGCUCGUACAGGGUCCGAAUGGAAUACCCAAGGACCAUGAGCUCGCAUUGUUCGACCACCUCCAGCCUGUUUUUGACGGCAGGUUUACAGGGUUGCAUCUUUUGAGGUAUCUUCGGUACCUAGGUUGA